GCCGGGAGCCUCGCGGUGCCCCGAGCGCGGACCGAGCGCGCCGGGCGCGAAGGCAAGGGGAGCGGAGCCGGCCGCGGGCGGGGGCCCGGAGCUUGCCUGCGUCCCUCGCUCGCCCCAGCGGGUCGGCUCGCGCAGGGCGCAGGGCGCGCGCGAUGAAGGCGGUGAGCCCCGUGCGCCCCUCGGGCCGCAAGGCGCCGUCGGGCUGCGGCGGAGGGGAGCUGGCCCUGCGCUGCCUGGCCGAGCACGGCCACAGCCUGGGUGGCUCGGCGGCCGCGGCGGCCGCGGCGGCGGCAGCGCGCUGCAAGGCGGCGGAGGCGGCGGCCGACGAGCCGGCGCUGUGCCUGCAGUGCGAUAUGAACGACUGCUACAGCCGCCUGCGGAGGCUGGUGCCCACCAUCCCGCCCAACAAGAAAGUCAGCAAAGUGGAGAUCCUGCAGCACGUUAUCGACUACAUCCUGGACCUGCAGCUGGCGCUGGAGACGCACCCGGCUCUGCUGAGGCAGCCGCCGCCGCCCGCGCCACCGCACCACCCAGCCGGGACCUGUCCGGCCGCGCCGCCGCGGACCCCGCUCACGGCGCUCAACACGGACCCGGCCGGCGCGGUGAACAAGCAGGGCGACAGCAUUCUGUGCCGCUGAGCCGCGCUGUCCAGGUGUGCGGCCGCCUGCGCCCGAGCCAGGAGCACUAGAGAGGGAGGGGGAAAGAGCAGAAGUUAGAGAAAAAGCCACCCGAGGAAAGGAAAGGAAAGGAAAGGAAAAAAAAAAAAAAAUCAGCAAAUCCUAGAAACGUUACAUUUGUCAUUCCAAGAGCGGGGGGAAGAAAGAUAAAACUUUCAUCGUUUUUUUUCUUGGUUUUUUUUUUUUUUUUGCACGUUCAUAAACAUUCUACAUAUGUACUCUCUUUUGUCUCUUCAUUUAUAACCGCUGUGAAAUGUACAUUUCUGUGUUUUUGGAGGUGCAGUUAAACUUCUAAGCUUAAGUGUGACAGAACUGAUAAAUUAGAAGAUCAAGAGAAAAUCAACUUUAGAAGCCUACUUUGUGACCAAGGAGCUCAAUUUUUGUUUUGAAGCUUUACUAAUAUAACAGAGCAUUGUAGAUAUUUUUUUUUGACAUCUAUUGUUUAAAAUAGAUGAUUAUAAUGGGGGGGCAGGGAACUUUCUUUUCCCUGCAAGAAUGUUACAUAUUGUAUAGAUAUCUGAGUGACAUUUCAUACCAUGUAUAUAUAGAGAUGUUCUAUAAGUGUGAGAAAGUAUAUGCUUUAAUAGACUACUGUAAUUAUAAGAUAUUUUUAAUUAAAUAUUUUUUGUAAAUAUUAUGUGUGUGUUUUUUUAAAUCUAUGGGAUUAUUUCUUUUGGAAAAUUAUUUUUCAGCUCCAUGGCAGAGCUCCUGAUAUCUUGAAUGUCUUUACUGUUUGGCCUAGCAUUUAAUUUGUUUCUGUUUUAUCCAGUGUCGUGUGGACUUGGAAGUAAUAGUUAGUGGUCCAGCAUGACUGCAUGAGAUGUUUAAUCACAAAAUAAACUUGUUCUGAGUCCAUUCAAAUGUGUUUUCUUUAACCUAGAUUGAAACCUUUGUAUUUGAAACAUACCUGUUGGAAAUCUACUUUAUCAGUUUUUAAGUACAGGGUUCGAUAGUGUAAUAUAUAAAGAGUUAAGUGUUUGCUUUUCAACCGAGGUCAAAAUGGAUUCUGAAUGGUUUUGCAUAGGGAAUGGGGAAAUGCUUGGAUCCUUAAGGAGUUUAUGAAAUCUACUGUUUUAUGAAAGUGAAGAAAAAUGCUUAUCAUUCUUCAUUUUACACUAAAGCUUAAUGUCACUGCGUUUCAUGUCUGUACAGAUUAUUUAAGUCCUAGAAAUGAAAAAUGUUCUCUGCUUGCUACCAAAGGACAGACUCUUGGAAAUGAACAUUUUCUGCUCUCCUUCCUCCAAAGAAUAUUAAUAGGCAACAGUGGGAGAAAAAAAAACAAGGCAUAAUGGCAAAUCCUUCAAGCAGGGAUAAAAGUCGAUCUUCAAACAUUAACUUAAGUAGACCAAAAAAUUCUGAUGACCGCAUCUAGAUUAUUUUUUUAUAAAAAUGAUUUUCACUAUAGCUAUGUUAGUUAACUGCUAAACUACUGUCCAACCUCUUGUGAUGUGUAACUUUUACAUGUGAAUAUUAAAGUAGGUUUAUCUGUC